AUGUUAUUAUAAUUUCCUAAAAAUUCCAAAUUUCCCGUUUGAUUAUCUCCUCUCAUCAUUUUUGUUCACUCUCUCUCUCUAUUCCUUCCCUUCAAUCAUCCAACGGUUGUUUUUUCCCCAAAUUAAUUUCUCUCUCCUCUUUUUUUAGGGUUUCCGAAUUUCAUCGCCGGAAUUCUCAACUUUUCCGGUGGAAACUGAAUUAACCGGACGAUCGCCGGCAGAGGUGAUGACUUUUGUCGGCAAUGAUGAGAACAAUAACGACGUCGUUUCAGUGCCGGAGCUCACUUUGAGAUUCUCCGAUAAUAAAGAUGAAUUUUAUGUCAAUUUAGGGCAAGAAGAUGAACAAUUAAUGGAAUUGGAACCUUCUACUCCCAGAAUUCGAUGUUGUUUUAUCUGUAAAUGGAUUAAAUUGUUCUUAUUGUUCGUCUUUUUGGCUGGUCUUGCCCUUGUUUUCUUCAAAUGGCUUGGACCCUUUUUUAUGGAUAAGGGAAUAAUUCCUAUUAUAAAUUGGGAGAGAUCUUCGUUUAGUAUCCCUGUUCUGGCACUUCUAGUCUUUGUAACUGUGGCAUUGUUUCCUACUAUUCUUAUACCCUCAUCUCCUUCGAUGUGGGUGGCUGGGAUGACUUUUGGAUAUGGAUUCGGCUUCCUAUUGAUUAUGCCAGCUGUGAUCAUUGGUGUAUCUCUGCCAUACCUUAUUGGUUCCGUCUUUUACCACAAAAUUCAAGGUUGGUUGGAAAGAUAUCCAAAGAAAGCUUCUCUCAUAAGAUUAGCCGGGGAGGGAGAAUGGUUAGAUCAGUUUCAAGCUGUGGCAUUGAUAAGAGUUUCUCCUUUUCCCUACAUCAUAUACAAUUACUGUGCUGUUGCAACAAAUGUUAGAUAUGGGCCUUAUAUUUUGGGGUCUGUGUUGGGAAUGGUGCCUGAUGUUUUGGUUGCGAUUUACACGGGUAUAUUGAUUAAAACAUUGGCUGAUGCGUCAGAUGAAAAACAUUCACUCUCAGCAAAGGAAAUCAUCUUCAAUGUCAUUGGCUUUGCUGCCACUGUCGCUACUACAAUAAUCUGCACGAUUCUUGCAAAAAAACGGCUCAAGACAAUGCCAAUUGAAGACGAGCCACUUCUGCAGUGAUCUAACAACCAAGGGGUUUGGUUUGACAGGUGCCGUCGCCAGACUCUAACUGAUCUAGAUUGCCAUACUGUUAAUGGGUAUUGUACAGUCAAAAAUGGAGAUUUGAUUUUGGAGAAGAAGAGAUUCACAAGGGGAAGACUCUCAAGAGAAAUAACUCUUAACAACAUAGUCAACCAACUGUUCUUGUCUGUUAAAGAUUCUUUUACAGGAGUCAGGAGAUGGAAUUCUUCAGGGCUCUUGCUACUACCAGUUGUCUAUUAUAUUAUGUUUCAUUCUUUCCUGUGCAGCGCCUCAAGAAACUUUUGUACAUAACAGCAUCUGUCUCCUCUCCAGUUGCAGUAGGUUGAUCAUGUGUUUGUCUUCUGUAUCAAAUUACUCUUUAUCAGUGCUUAAUUUGCAUUUAUAAAAUUACCCCCACGUGUGCAAGAUCUGGGGUCUAUCUUUGUUGCAA